CGCAGCUCAGAAUGCGCCGAGCACGCGCUCCCCGUCGACUGGAGUCGAAAAGAUGGUGGCCAGCGCUCGAGUGCAGAAGCUCCUCCGACGAUACAAACUCGCGAUUGCCGCCGCAUUAACCAUCCUCCUGAUCCAAGGGCUGGUAGUAUGGAGUCUGAGAAGUCUGGAGGAGGGCGAGGGAGAGAGAAAAACACGACGGUCUAAGCUGCCUGACCACAACAGCCAGGAUCCCAAGAGAGACAUAGCACUUUGGGACAAACAAAACUCUUUGUCAGGGAGAAACAGGGGCAGAUGGAACACCAGGUUGGAGAGGACAGGGGGCACCGCAUCCAGUUCGCUUAGAGGAGGAACAAACCGGCGAGGAGGAAAGCCCAACCUCAGGAUGAAGUCUCCCCAGGAGCGGGGGAUGAUGGAGGCUGGAAUGGAAGGUGUGGUCCCCCAUGACUUGUCCAGCAGCCGCAACUUCAGUGACACCCGAGUAGGCAAUGAUGGGGCGGCCAGGCUUCCUGCUGCCGCCAUACCAGGGGAGCCAGGCAGCGUGGAUGGCGCACACCAAGCCCCCAGCAGUGACUUUGUGCCUAAAUGUGAUAUCGUAGGCAAGGAUGCUCUGUCUGCCCUCCAUCGUGCCGGGUCACAGCAGUGCCGACAGGAGAUCGCCAACAUCGUGUGCCAGCAUCAGGCUGGUCAGCUCAUGCCGGACGCACUUCCUCAGUUCUGCCCACAGCUCGGUAUAUCAAAUCCAGUUCAGGCUGUUGGCGAGCUAGACAACAGCCUGUCCAAAGUGGAGAACCCUGUCAGGGUGGCUUUUGUUCUGAUGGUCCAUGGUCGUGCCGUACGGCAGCUCAAGCGCCUCAUCAAAGCCAUAUACCACCGUGACCACUACUACUACAUCCAUGUGGACAAGCGGUCCGGCUACAUGCAUCGAGAGGUCCUGCAGAUAGCCCAGCAGUUCCCAAAUGUGCGAGCCACGCCCUGGAGGAUGGUCACCAUCUGGGGUGGUGCCAGCCUGCUGAAGGCCUACCUACGCAGCAUGCAGGACCUGCUCUCCAUGCUGGACUGGAAGUGGGAUUUUUUCAUCAAUCUCAGUGCCACAGACUUCCCCACCAGGACCAAUGAUGAACUGGUGGCUUUCCUUUCGCAGCACAGGGACAAGAACUUCCUCAAGUCACAUGGGAGAGAGAAUGCCCGGUUUAUUAAGAAGCAGGGCCUUGACCGUCUCUUCCACGAGUGCGACAACCACAUGUGGCGCCUCGGCGAACGCAGCAUCCCAGAAGGCCUGGAGGUCUCAGGUGGCUCCGAUUGGUUUGCGCUCACCCGCCGCUUUGUGGAGUACGUCAUCAACUCCCAGGAUGACCUGGUGUCAGGGCUGAAGCAGUUCUAUUCCUACGCUCUGCUCCCCGCUGAGUCUUUCUUCCACACGGUGUUGGGGAACAGUCAUAUGUGUGACACCCUGGUGGACAAUAACCUGCGCGUCACCAACUGGAAUCGCAAGCUGGGCUGUAAAUGCCAGUACAAGCACAUUGUCGACUGGUGCGGCUGCUCCCCCAAUGAUUUCAAACCACAAGACCUCAUCAGGAUUCAGCAAUUGACCCGUCCAACAUUCUUCGCCCGUAAAUUUGAAUCAACAGUGAACCAGGAGGCCAUAGACAUCCUGGACACUCACCUGUAUGGCCAGUACGCCCCGGGCACCAUCGCCAUCAAGGCGUACUGGGAGAGCCUGUUUGAGCAGUUGGAUGGCGUUGGCUCGCUCAGUGACGUGGCUCUCACUGCUUACACUGCUUUCUUUCGCCUGGGCCUGAAGAGUCUGGUGACUACUCAGAGCAAUGUGGAGGCCUGCAGGUUUGAACCAGUAGGCUACCCUCUAUCGGUACACUUGUACUUUUAUGAUGACCGAUUCCAAGGGUACUUGGUGCGUCAGGAAGCGCAGGCGGUGGGGUCAAAGGUCAGGGAGAUGCUGGAGAUAUGGGCAGUGCCUCAGGUCUCCCUUGUCCUCGAGACGAACCUGAAAGAGUUUGAAAGACUCAAGAAUCUGGAAAUCGGCACAGAGUGGGAUCCUAAGGAAAGAAUCUUCCGUAACUUUGGUGGGGUGAUCGGGCCUUUGGAUGAACCCCUGGCAGUCCAGAAGUGGGCCCGUGGUCCCAACCUCACAGCCACUAUUGUGUGGAUUGACCCAGCUCUGGUGGUGGCAACAUCGUACGAUAUCACAGUGGAUGUGGAUGCAGAGUACACCCAGUACAAACCACCGCUACAGCGGCCCCUUCGGCCCGGGACCUGGACAGUACGGGUGUUAAAGCAGUGGGAGCGUGUGGCAGAAGUUCGCUUCCUCGUCAUGCCGCUAACCUUUAAAGACAAGGAACCACUACGCAAAGAAGAGGACAGCUGGUUCCACGCAGGUCCUCCAGGGAACCAGUACCUGGAGCAGAGUUUCCAGCAGCUGAGCUCCAUGCUGAGGCUGCCUCCCCAGGAGCCCGCCAUGCAGGAGGCUCAGCGCAACGCCGAGCUUGUGGGUCAGCCCCUCGAAGCUUGGGUGGACAGCAACGUGAGGACCUUCUGGGUUAUGGGCGACCUGUGCGCCACACAGACUUCCUCCUGCCCAGCAUUGGGACCUUGCUCCAAAACCUCCUGGAGCUCCCUGUCCCCAGACCCCAAGUCUGAACUGGGCCCAGUCAAAAGUGAUGGGCGGAUCAGGUAGCCCUAAGAGGGGAGAGACUGUAGACUUAACCACAUACACAGGAAGGCUGAGGGGAGAGCUGGACCCACACUGGAGAGCUCCAGGAGAACCUGUGUGAACCGGAUGUUGUCCAAGAGGUUGGCUCAGAGCUCAAGGACACAUAAACAAGGACAAGGCAGCUUCCUGCACUGAGGAGCGGAGAUAUUCUUGGUGAAGUGGUAAUACAGACGUAAAAGAGGAGGAAAUGACUGCUGGAAAUUUGCACAUAGACGACUGCAAGCGCCAAGACUUGUGUCAUUGUUUGCUGAAUGGGUACAUGGACACCAGAUGUAUUGCUGUGUUAUUUUGCCGGCACACAGGUUUUCAGUCAGGGUCGGUCCGGGUGGUAAUUUGAAUCGAACCCUCCGCACAUGUUAGAACUCUGUUUUGGCACACGGUUUUCAGUUUUCCUUUGCUUUGAAAGAAUCGGAGAGCAGUUGUCAAAACUCAGCAACAGGCUCCUCGCUGUGCUUCUCUCUUCAUUUCAAGGGAGAGUGGAACCUCUGAAUCAUUAUUGUGCUUAUUUUGAAGCAUUACUAUGUAAGCAUAUGGAGCAGACAGAUGAAGUGCACUUUACUGUAAGACUAUGACGUUACACAGAGGUCACUCGGCUACAGUGUUGAGGAGCAGAAGUUAAAAAAGUCACGGAAAAGGUCAGACCACUUUUUCAUUUCAGUUAGGCUCUAAGACAAAUACCUGCACCGUGACAUUGUACAUUGCACAGACACAUCAGUAAAUACUCAGACUGUAACUUGGAUUAGGAAAAAAUGAGGAAAGAGGGUGAAUGAGGUUCUUAGGUUUUGAUUCUUCUUUUAUUUUUAGUUCCAUUUACUGUGACAUAUCAUUUUUGAACAUGUAAUUUUUUAAUGUAUUUGUUUGUCUGUUAGUUCCCUGAAGUGGCUGUUAAAGUGGUAAAUUGUCUUUAAUGUCCACUGUUGGAAAAAAAGCCACUCUGAGUUGUUUUUGUUUGUUUUGUAUUUUCUGGUCAAAGGAAGUGCCUAGACAGCUGCAGCAACAUGGCUGCAAAUAGUGCGGUUGCAUUCAAAAUUCCUCUGAAAAAGUUGGUCAAACAAUCUCAACUCAAAAACUUUCACAGUUUCUGAACAAUUGGGCAAAUGAUGAUAAGUGGACCUUGAGUUGAGAUUGCUCAAAUCCUCUGAAAUAAUUUAGAGGUGCAAUGAGUUGUCGAUUAAUAGAUUCCUCUAUCAAAAGAAAUCUGCAAAUAUUUUGAUUAUCAAAUAAUCAUUUUGUCGUUUUUCAAGAAAAAAUAUCCAAACUUUUACUGGUUCAAGGCUCUAAAUGUGAGAAUCUUCUUGGUCUUACGUUACGAUAAAUUUGAUAUGUUGGGGUUUUGGACUGUUGGUGGGACAAAAUAAGACAUUUUAGAGUGUCAUCUCUAACUUGAUUAUUUUGUGAUGGGUGUUUUUCACCAUUUUCUGAUGUUUUAGUUACCCAUUGAUUAAUCGAUACAAAGUGAAAAUAUCUGCAUAUUAACUGAUAUAUAAUUGUUAGUUGCAGCUUAAACACAAUUUAGUUUCACUCUUUGGCUCAGUUUAACAAGUUGAGGAGAAUAUGGAUGAAUCUUUAAAGGAAAAAUUUGACAUUUUUGGAAAUAACACUGUCUUACUUUUUUCAAAUGAAAAGAUUAAUACUAAUCUCAUGUCCAUAAGCUAAAUAUGAAGCUACAGCCAGCAGCAUGCUAACUUAGCUUAGCACAAAGACUGGAAGCAAGGGGAAAUAGCUCUUUUCAAAGUAACAGUUAACCCACACAGUAAAUAAAUGUAUUUCCCAGAAUAUUUCCUUUAAAUAUGAAACUUUCAAACCACAAACCUGGUUCAACAUCAUAUGUUAUGUCUCCUGUGUAUCAGUUUAAAUGCAGUAUUGUUACUUCUGUGUGCUCUGUUAGCCUCACUGGUUGGUUUUUCUCAUUUUAAUUUCUUAAGGUGCAUUUCAUUUUCCACAAACCAGAAAAUGGUAAAACGGUACGUGGUCUGUUUUAAGUUUUUAUUGUAGCAUGAUCAAGAGAAUCUAAGCUGCCUUUACUUAGCUGAAAAGAUGAAUUGUUUACUACGGGAUAAUAGCUUCCAGAGAUGUGCAAUUAAUGCCUUUUCAGAGGAUAGUGAACCCCCCUGUCUGUGUCUUAGUUUUCAUUUUUAGAUAAUUUUAUGUGACCUUUUAUGUACUUAAAUAAUAGCUGGCCACCAUCUGAGUUUUCAAGUGACCUUGUUUACCUUGCACAGUACAGCUGCUUCAGUGAAGCCCCAGUUAUAGUGAGAUAAGAGAUCAGAGCAAUCGGCGUAACAGAUGUUAUUUUUCUACACUGUUUGAGAGGAAGUGUGUGUGUGUGUGUUGUCCGUUCAUCUCCAGCGCUCUGUUAAACUAUUAAAAACUGCUGACUACUCAUGUUGUUUUUGACAGUCCACCUGUUCGGUGUCAUUUGAAGCAGACCCUUUGUUUUGUUUGUUUGUUUUUUGUGGGGGGGGGGUUGUUGAGGUUUCCGUCCGUGCUGCUGUGAUAACCAGCAGCAGUUCGGUGGCUGGUGAGUCAUCCUGGGCUCUGUGGAUCAUAUCUGAGUAGUGAACUGUAGCCUGUCACUGUAUGCCUCUGGAAAAGCUCAUAGGAAAGACAUCCUGACUGAUGACUCAAUAAAAAACACUUAGAUGAA